UUUACUCGUCAGCUUUUGUAUAAAAACGAACAUCGAAUUUGUACAUUUUCUUCAUUUCCUACAUUUAAAGUCCUGCUAUUUCUUUGCUUCGGGCAUCAAUUGACAUCCGCCUGCUACGCUACCGCAAACGAACAGUUAUUCAUCCAUGAUUUCAUUUUGGAUGGUUCCACUCCACUUGAAAUACCGCCAAACUACGCCCCGAUAAUGGACCUCCAUCUGAUAAACGUAACUAUCGAAAACUCAACGGCUGAUACUUUCGGUUUGCUUGGCCCUAGUGUUGCUGAACUUCAUCUGAUCAAAUGUACGGCGUCGGAAGUCUUCCUGAACCCCUUCGUUAUCGCAUUGGUGAUUGAGGAUAGCAAUGUCUCUGAGGUAAUCCCACAUUGUGUGGGGCAGAACGAGACAUUCAACGUUGAGGAAAUUCAUUUCAGAAAUACUCAAAUUGCAUCCUUUCCUCGUAACAUCAGCAGGUUAACUAAGUUGAAAAAAAUAAUGUGCAUCGAAUCUAAGCUGCGGAUGUUAGACUUCGAUUCGCUGAGUAACCUGAAGGAGCUGGAAAUAAUCACAUUUUGCGAUUCUUUUAUCUCAGAAGUAGUGAACAACAAACUGAUGGAACUGCCGAAAUUAACUUUGGUGAACCUGUCGCGUAAUCAAAUCAGUCACAUUCCUACAACAAAAUGGAACACACCUCUACUACUAUAUCUUCUGCUGGACAAUAAUAAUUUGAGGCAAUUUCCACAGAUAAAGCAUUUUCCUCGCAUCGAGUUGAUAAGUCUAAACUACAAUACAAUAACGAACAUUGACAUGGAAGAUGUGUCUGGUAUGGAACAUCUGCACACAAUAUGUUUACGGGGAAAUCAACUAUUACACCUGGAAGCUUCUGCGAAAAUUCACCUACCAAGUCUCGGAUAUUUGAAUGUUGAUCACAAUCGUCUCCGGGUUCUGGAUAUCAGCAAGUGGAAUGUACCAGCUUUGAAUGUUUUAAACGUCAGUAACAAUCAGUUACGUAUGAUUGUGGAUUUCGAGUCGCUUGCUGAUACUUUGACAUUGUUCAAUGCUACCGACAACCCAUGGGACUGCGAAUGGGCUCUUUUCACCAUGGUUGAUUUUAAGAUGAGCAUCCAGUCGGAGUGGGCCAAAGCUUGUUUAGUAUAGAUUGUAGUUCCCUAACUGAAUUGAUUUUGAUGUAAGCCGCGAAUAGCAAAUAAAUGAUAAAUAUAAGACACG